AUUCUCUCUCAAUUUCUGAUCUUGAUUUCUUCGCCGACAUAUUUGGGUGUAAAUGGAGUUCUGAAACUCCGAUCUACCUGGGCUUUCCGCUGGGCAAAAACCCCUCUCGAAUGGCAUUCUGGAAUCCGAUAGUCAGCAAAUAUCAAAAAAGGCUCGAAGGAUGGAAGUCAAAGCAUCUAUCUUAUGGAGGAAGACUCACUCUCAAUAAAGUCGUUCUUUCAUGGCUUUCCGUUCACUAUUUCUCCGUGUUCAACGCCCCUCGAACCUUUACCUCAAGAAUGGAGAGAAUCAUGAGAAGAUUUCUCUGGAAUGGAACUGGAGAAGGAAAAAGAGCCCCUUUGGUGAAAUGGGAUCUUUGCAAAGCCUCAAAGCCUAAUGGGGGGCUCGGCAUUUUGGAUCUGGAUUGCUUCAACAAGGCCCUCCUAAUUAAAUGGCUGUGGAGAUAUAUCAUCGAAGUUGGUUCCUGGUGGCGAGAGUUGAUUGCCAGCAAGUAUCAACAUAAACACUCCAUAUGGAUCACUCAAACCCUCAAGUAUGGUUUUGGAAGUUCUCCCUGGGCAGGAAUAUCUAAACACUACUCAACUCUUUGGAAGCUUGCUUAUUUCGAUCCUGGCAAUGGAUGCCACCUCUCCUUCUGGUAUGAUUGUUGGUCGCCCGGAGUUGUACUCGCCGACUCUUUUCCUCGAAUCGCCGCCGCCGUUACUGCCCCUGAAGCCCGUAUCGCAGACGUGUACAUCUCCUCGGGUGAGUCCUUUUCUUGGGUGCUUGAUUUUAACUACAGGCUGAGAGGGGGAGCUGAGAGUGAAAAGAAUGAGUUGCUUGACUUUCUUAAUUCCCUCAACUUCGCAGAAAAUUUGCACAACCCUUGCAGACCCGUGUGGGCUCCGAAUGUUGGGUCUUCCUUUUCUGUUGCCUCUGUUUACAGGUGCUUGGCUGAUGAUGCAUUUCCCGGCGUCCCUGACUUUCCUGAUGCUGUAAUUUGGAAGAACAUCAUUCCCCCAAAAAUCUGCUUCUUCAUUUGGACUCUCUCACACGGAAGAAUCCCCACCAUUGACAAGUUGCAAAGAGUUGGUUGGGAGCUGGCCAAUCGGUGCGAACUAUGCAGACAGAGUGAGGAGACUCAGGAUCACCUAUUCGCAAGCUGCGGAUAUUCCAUGAAUGUCUGGAACUUGAUCGGUAGCAAGUGCAGAAUUAACACCCAACCAAGAUCGAGCAUCAUUGACGUCAUCCGUAGCUGGCCUUCCAGAUCUUCAGACGGCUUCGACGACUAGUUUCAGACGUGUAUUCUCCACUCCAUAUGCUGGAACCUUUGGCUGGAGCGCAAUAAACGCAUCUUCCAUAG